UCAUUCUUUUCUCUCUAGUCGCUACCUCCAAAUCUCUCUACAUAUACACCAUACUCUCUCUUUCUCUCAUCAAACAAGAAAUCACAAAAAUCAUCAACCUCUUUCCAUGGCAGUUGAAGCUAGACAUCUCAAUCUCUUCACUCAACAACAACAACAAAUCAUCUCAAAUCAAGGAAAUGGAAAUGGGUUUUCAUACAAUACCCAGAUGGGUGGUUCUCCUUUGUUGCCUUUACCAACGCAAGUAAAUAGUUUUUUCCCGUUUCAUAACAGUCUAAUAUGUGAUUCUGUUCAGCCCAAAACGUCUGUUAACACCGACAGUGGCCUUACUUUCAACCCCACAGCUGUUAACGUUGCAGCAACAAGGAAACGCUCAAGGGAUACGUUUAAUCAUUUCAAUACUUGUAAUAACAGUAAUGAUACCACGUCGUUUGUUGGUGAUGAUGUUUUGCCACUGUUACAACAGUAUCAGUGUGAUAUCGACCGUAUCAUUUCACACCAUACUAAGAAAGUAAGGAUGGAAUUGGAAGAAAGACAGAAACAACAAGCAAGGGUGUUGGUUGCAGCUAUAGGAGAAGGUGUAACAAAAAAAUUGAAAGAAAAAGAUGAACAAAUUCAAAGAAUGGGUAAAAUCAACAUGGUACUUCAAGAAAAAGUGAAAAGUCUAUACGUUGAGAAUCAAUUAUGGCGUGAUUUAGCACAAACAAAUGAAGCAACAGCAAAUUCACUACGCAACAACUUAGAACAAGUGUUGGCGCACGUUAGCGACGAGCGCAUCAUCUCAGCCGGAGCAGCGGCGGUGGAGGAAGAUGUUGAGUCUUGUUGUGGCAGCAGUGACCACGUGGCAGAUGAAGAGGAAAUUGAAGGGAGGCGUAUUUUAGCAGGUGAGGCGCAGGAUAACAGGAUGUGUAAAAGGUGUGGUGAGAGGGAAUCGUGUGUGUUGUUAUUGCCAUGCAGGCACUUGUGUUUAUGUGCUGUGUGUGGGUCGAGUUUAGUCCAAACAUGUCCUCUGUGUAAUUCUAACAUGAAUGCCACUGUGCAUGUUAACAUGUCAUCUUGAUCAAUUGAAGGAAAAAGGAAACAA